AUGGUCUAUGACAUACCCCGCCCGGGCUCGUUGAAGAGAAAGAGGAGAAGACGAGCGGACAAACCCGCGGUUUCGGCAAGAAUCUACCUCGACAGCAACCUGAAGGGCGAGGUGGGCGUGCUGUCAGGCGACUUGGUUGAAGAGUUGUUUCCUGGAGAAGAGACGAGCGAUGCAAACAAACCUCUCCACGCGGCCAUCACACCUUGGACCCCAAAUCCAUCGCCUUCAGAGUCGAAUUGGGCCAUUCUUCCUUUGAGAGGACAGCUUCCAGAGGAGAAACCCCUUCCCGUCUCGACGAUACGCUUCCCGGCGUCGGCGAUUGGCACACAAAGCUUUAUCAGGAUAGUUCAUGCUGUCUCGCCGACCAAGACCCUUCGUCAGAACACCUGGGUGGAAGUGAGGAUUAGCGAUGUAAACCCUCUCCAGCUGGACACCGUAUUCAUCUCGGUGGAUACAGAGGCGAUCCAGAAGCUUGAAGAUGUGCACAAAAGAUAUGGCGGAGGGGUGGUGUCUGCAGGAAAUAGGAGGUCAGGGAAAAGAGCCGUGACCGAGUCUCAAGAGAAUGGUGCAGGUGUUGUGGUAGAUGGAAAAGCAAAGUCGUUGGUUAACGACGUAGUUGCAUACGCGCGGAUACUUCACACGGAGGAUGUUCUUCCAUUGCCGUUUGCACACCCGGUCACUCACACCCCAGCGCCUCCAGCGAAGGUGUUGGCCUGUGAGCCAGUAUCACAAGGAUUGAUUUCUUCGACUACCAACAUCGUAUUAGUACCUUCUUCGGAUAAGAGACCGAAUGUGCUUGGGUACCGGGCUCUGCUCUCUCCACGACUGGACGAAGACUCUGGGGAAGAGGACACAGCAAACGAGGCCUUCUUUUCUGCUACUGAAGAAAACUCCCCUGCCAAACCCGUCGUCACGUCCAAAUCCGCCACCGAUUUCUCUGCGUCUGAUGAUCUGUUAGAUUCCAGUGCUGAGGAAAGCAACCUGUCCGACGAUUCUGAUGAUAUGAUCUCACUGGCAAAACCUGGCUUAGCAGAUGCACCAUCUGGAUUGAGCUCCGCUCUCACCUCCGCUACACCUCGCCCUUUUGGCGCUCGAACGCACGGUAUCAGCACACCAGGUUCUGUCUUCUCUAACAUGACCUCUACCACCAUACGCGGUGGGCAGGCUACACGAAGUAAAGUAUUUCGAGCGCAAGGUCUCGUGGAGCGGAUCCCUAACGAGCUGCUACAUCCUAAACCUGCCCCGGACGAAGACGAGGAAGCACGUGUCUACGUAGAUCCUCAAUCGCUGGCCCGCCUUGGAUGCUUCUCUGGAGACUGGGUACGAAUUGAGGCUGCGGAAAGCCACAUACUCCCGCAACUGAGCGCUUUUGGUGAUCUGGCUGCUCCGCAACAAUGGCGUCCCGUCAAGGUCUACACUCUUCCCGAGAGCAUGUCCAAGCGUCCUGCGCGGUAUCAGAUGAACUCAAGAUAUGGACGCAGGGAUAGCAUCUCAUCCCUCGUCACAAACUCGAGCUCUGCCGCUACGAUCUAUCUAUCACCUAUCCUUCUAGCGAACCUUCAAGAUCCGACAAACAUCAGCAUGCUGACUAUGCCGUCACAAAAGAGAGCCAGCCUGAAGCGGCCCAUGACACCAAGGCCAGCAUCAGUAUCGCAACGUCUUCCCCCGACAGCAUCUGAAGUGACCCUUAGAAAGAUCGUCACGCCUAUCUCGACUGAGAGAUCACUCAACAAUGCUUUGUUCGCGAAGUUAAAACAGUAUUUCGAAGAGAGACAGCGCAUCGUCAAGCCGGGGGAUAUUAUCGCAAUCCAAGUCGACGAGACACUAGGUCGCUCAGUGUACGAAGGCGAGGCAGAGCAGGAUGGCAGCAGUGCAGCGGCUCUGCUGUCCCAUGCUGUGGUCGAAGGUGAAAAUGGUGAAGGUCAUCAACGUUUGAACGUUGCGUGGUUCGCCAUCGAAGGCGUCAGUAUUCCACCCCCAGAAGAGCCAGACGCAUUGGACUCGGAUCAAUGGGGUGAUGCUGCCUCAAUCGACCCAUCCAGGAUCCAGAUGCGUCAAUUGGGCGACGAUAAACGACGGCUGCCAUCAGCAUCAAGCAGUACAUGGCAGUACUACCUUGGAGUCCGCAAACUGCCCGGAAAGACGAGCUCUGCCCAAGCGAUGCCAGAAGUCGUUCAGCCAUUCAUCUCACCGCUCCAGCGACGGCUGCGCGAACUGAUGUCGGUAUCCAUCAGUCCUCGUGCGGUCCAUCUUGGCAUGCCACCCCUGACCGUCCUUAUCUACUCCACGCAACGCAACAUCGGCAAAGCAAGCACAGUCCAACGAGCCUGCGCGGAUCUUGGCAUGCAUUACUUCCAUAUCGACGCGAACGAUAUCGGAUCGGAAGGCGGAGCAGGCGUCGAGGCGCAAGGACUGCUUGAGGCGCGAUGUGAGCGAGCGAUGGACUGCGGUCCACAGUUCACCGCGCUGUGCAUCACACACUUGGAAGUACUUGGUGAAGAUCGUGCGGCAUCGUCUCUCAAGGAUGUCUUGGAGACCGCUCGUGUGCUCAUUGCCACCACGACCGACAUCGACAAGGUAUCCGAUACCGUACGCGGAUUGUUCACUCACGAACUGGAAAUGUCUGCUCCCGAUGAAGGAGAGCGAGAAGGCAUUCUGCGGGAUGCAAUCACCGAAUCUGGACUCCCGCUUGCUGUUGACGUUGACCUUGGUUCGAUUGCUGUCAAGACUGCCGCACUUGUUGCAGGCGAUCUCCUCGACGUUGUCGACCGUGCGGUCGUUGCCAAGGUAGAGCGGCUCGAGACGCUGGCCCUGGUCAAGUCAGAUGCCACUGAGCGUGCCAUUUCACUCAAGGAUAUACAGCUCUCUGGUGGCGCUCCUGCAAGCUCUAUCGUGCCCGCUGAUUUCGAAGCUGCUGUUGAUCUCGCCAGAAAGAACUUCGCCGAUGCGAUUGGUGCGCCCAAGAUACCAAACGUGCAGUGGUCCGAUGUUGGUGGUUUGACGAACGUCAAAGAUGCAGUCAUUGAAACCAUUCAGCUACCACUUUCUCGACCAGAGCUGUUCGCAAAGGGUCUCAAGAAGCGAAGUGGAAUUCUCUUCUACGGGCCUCCAGGUACUGGCAAAACCCUCCUGGCAAAGGCAAUCGCCACGGAGUUCAGUCUGAAUUUCUUCUCUGUGAAAGGCCCUGAACUGCUCAACAUGUAUAUUGGUGAGUCUGAAGCCAAUGUCAGGAGGGUUUUCCAGAGAGCUCGAGACGCACGGCCCUGUGUAGUAUUCUUCGACGAACUGGAUUCAGUGGCUCCAAAGCGUGGCAAUCAGGGGGAUAGCGGUGGUGUGAUGGACCGGAUCGUCUCUCAGUUGCUAGCCGAACUUGAUGGCAUGAGCGAUGGAGAAGAGAGUGGAGGAGGAGUCUUUGUCAUUGGCGCAACCAAUCGACCGGAUCUUCUUGACCAGGCAUUGCUACGUCCAGGCCGUUUCGACAAGAUGCUUUAUUUGGGCAUCAGCGACACGCACGACAAACAGGCCACCAUCAUGCAAGCCUUGACGAGAAAAUUCACACUCGAUCCAUCCUUGUCGCUCACAAGAGUGGCCGAGACCCUCCCAUUCACGUUCACUGGAGCUGAUCUGUACGCUCUGUGCUCAGAUGCCAUGCUUAAAGCGGUGACAAGUUCUGCACGUGCUGUAGACCAGCGUGUCGCUGCGAUCAACGCUGACCGUGCAUCCCGCGGACAAAGCAAGAUAUCUGUAGCUUACUACUUCGACCACUACGGCACAGACCAGGACUCUGAGGUCACUGUGGUGGAGGAAGACUUCAUGCGGGCCAGGGAAGAGCUGACUCCCAGUGUCAGUCUGGACGAGCUAAGACACUACGAACGAGUGCGAAGCACCUUCGAAGGUACAACGAAGAAAGACGAUGCAAACGCAGAGCCCGGAACACUGGCGAACCCGAGCCAGAAUGGCCAAUCGAUGCGAUCCCGGGCUAUGGAUGCUAUGAAGCGUGGAAGUAAGAACAAGCUUCCAACCAUAAACGGGGGCCCGCAUCCUACCCCCAGGGCAGAUACGGGUGAAGCUGCCGCCGAUGAAGCCGAAGACGAUUAUGUUAUACGGACGGACAAGCUUACCUUGAACGACCACGCAAGCAAAGCUUAUGUGGGCAAGGGAAAGGGCAAGGGCAAAAGUCAGGAGAGCGCGUAUUCGCGUGUCGUUGGCGAGAGGCUGUCUGACGGCAUCAAUCCCACCAAUAAUGGCGAUGUGGUGCAGCCUGAUGGGGAUGGGGAAGACCUGUAUGAUUGA